GUCUUAAAUUGUACAUAAUGGCCUCGGUUCCAACGCAUCAAAGCGAAAAAGAGAAGAAAAAUGAUGAGCUGUCGACAGCUAUUCUCAAGGACAAGGUAAAGCCGAAUCGCUUGAUCGUCGAUCAGUCCGAGCAGGAUGAUAAUUCCGUCAUCGCAGUUUCCCAAGCUAAAAUGGACGAACUGGGACUUUUCCGUGGAGAUGCUGUCAUCCUGAAGGGAAAGAAGCGAAAGGAAUCUGUCGCCAUCAUUGUCUCUGAUGAGUCCUGUCCAAACGAGAAAGUUCGCAUGAACCGUGUUGUCCGCAACAAUCUUCGUAUUCGCCUCGGAGACGUCGUGAGCAUUACGCCAGCUCCAAAUCUCAGUUACGGAACCCGCAUUCACGUGCUCCCUAUUGAUGACACUAUCGAAGGACUCACUGGAAACUUGUUCGAUGUUUUCCUCAAGCCAUACUUCCUGGAGGCUUACCGCCCACUUCACAAGGGAGAUAUAUUCACUGUUCAAGCUGCCAUGAGAACUGUGGAAUUCAAAGUUGUCGAAACUGAGCCAGCUCCAGCCUGCAUUGUGUCACCUGAUACCAUGAUUCACUACGAAGGAGAUCCGAUCAAGAGAGAAGAAGAAGAAGAGAGCAUGAAUGAUAUUGGUUAUGAUGACUUGGGAGGAGUUCGGAAGCAAUUGGCUCAGAUCAAGGAAAUGGUUGAACUGCCACUUCGACAUCCCCAACUUUUCAAGGCUAUUGGUAUCAAGCCACCACGUGGAAUUCUUCUCUUCGGUCCACCUGGCACAGGAAAGACUCUUAUUGCACGUGCUGUUGCUAAUGAAACCGGAUCUUUCUUCUUCCUUAUCAACGGACCUGAAGUAAUGUCAAAGAUGUCUGGAGAAUCCGAGUCAAAUCUUCGUAAGGCUUUCGAAGAAUGCGAGAAGAAUCAACCAGCUAUUCUGUUUAUUGACGAAAUUGACGCCAUUGCACCAAAACGCGAGAAGACCAAUGGAGAAGUUGAGCGCAGAAUUGUUUCUCAAUUGCUUACACUUAUGGAUGGAGUCAAGGGUCGUUCUAACCUUGUGGUCAUUGCUGCAACAAAUCGUCCAAACUCGAUUGACGGUGCUCUUCGUCGCUUCGGAAGAUUCGAUCGUGAAAUCGAUAUCGGAAUUCCAGAUGCAGUCGGCCGGCUUGAGAUUCUGCGCAUUCACACGAAAAACAUGAAGCUCGCGGAUGAUGUUGAUCUUGAACAAAUUGCAAAUGAAUGUCACGGAUUCGUUGGUGCCGAUUUGGCAUCGUUGUGCUCGGAAGCCGCUCUUCAACAGAUUCGUGAAAAGAUGGAGCUCAUUGAUCUCGAAGAUGACCAAAUUGAUGCAGAGGUUCUUAAUUCACUCGCUGUCACAAUGGAAAACUUCCGUUUUGCUCAAGGAAAGUCUUCCCCAUCCGCUCUCCGCGAGGCUGUUGUCGAAACUCCGAAUACAACUUGGUCCGACAUUGGAGGUCUUCAAAACGUCAAGCGCGAACUUCAAGAAUUGGUUCAGUAUCCAGUGGAACACCCAGAAAAAUAUCUCAAGUUUGGAAUGCAGCCAUCAAGAGGAGUUUUGUUCUAUGGGCCACCAGGAUGUGGUAAGACACUUCUUGCCAAGGCAAUUGCCAACGAGUGUCAAGCCAAUUUCAUCUCCAUCAAGGGUCCAGAAUUGCUCACAAUGUGGUUCGGAGAAUCGGAAGCUAACGUCCGUGAUGUCUUCGACAAGGCUCGUGCAGCUGCUCCUUGCGUGUUGUUCUUCGAUGAGUUGGAUUCGAUUGCCAAGGCAAGAGGUGGAGGCGCCGGCGGUGAUGGAGGAGGUGCAUCGGAUCGUGUAAUCAAUCAAGUGCUCACCGAAAUGGAUGGAAUGAACGCGAAGAAAAAUGUGUUCAUCAUCGGAGCUACAAACAGACCUGAUAUCAUUGAUCCAGCUGUUCUUCGUCCAGGUCGCCUUGAUCAGCUUAUCUACAUCCCACUCCCAGACGAAGCUUCUCGGCACCAAAUUUUGAAAGCUUCUCUUCGUAAAACCCCACUCUCCAAGGAUCUUGACUUGACCUUCUUGGCCAAAAACACUGUUGGAUUCUCUGGAGCCGAUUUGACCGAAAUUUGUCAGAGAGCGUGUAAGCUGGCUAUUCGCGAAUCGAUCGAAAAGGAAAUUCGGAUUGAGAAGGAACGUCAAGAUCGCCAAGCUCGCGGUGAGGAGCUCAUGGAAGACGAUGCAGUUGAUCCAGUACCAGAAAUUACUCGUGCUCACUUCGAGGAAGCCAUGAAGUUUGCCAGACGCUCUGUUACAGACAAUGACAUCAGAAAGUACGAAAUGUUUGCACAAACAUUGCAACAAUCUCGUGGCUUUGGAAACAACUUCAAAUUCCCAGGAGAACAACGCGGAAGCGAUGCCCCAUCUGCCCCUGUACCUGCUCAGGAUGAUGACGACCUUUAUAACUAAUGUAUUGAGUUUAUCUACUGAGUCUAUGUAUGAUACUCGUUUUAUUUUCUCCCAUACCCACUUUUUCACCUCGUAUUUCACCCCUUUCCAACCCCCGAUUUACCACUAUUUAUUGUAAUUGAGCCCAUGUUUUCGCUUUAGAAAUUAAUGGUUACGGAUGAUCUUCGCGAGAAGAAAAAAUUUGUAGAUACCUACAUCCCAGUUGAUCAAAAAGUAUAUCCCAUUUAUUUUUUUGCAUCCCUCCCAAUGUUUUGUAUGUAUUGCCGUUUUUGACAUAUAAAUGUACGAUGUCUGUAA